AUGAAGUCAUUUCCAGCUUUAGUUGAGUUUAAUGACGGCAGGCAUUCGAUGUUCCCUCAGAAUCUUCCAAGGAGCAACUACACAGUGCCGAAAAGCUCCUUAUUCAACGAUGAAGAACCAACUGAGGGCAAUGAAGAACCGUUUAUGUCCUAUUCUAUAAUGUUCGAGCAGUAUAAUACACUGGUUGAGAUGGUCUUGGCGCAGAAAACGUCUAGACUGAUGCUACAAGAUGGAGCAAGACAGUUAAACCAAUACAAAAUAGAGGGCAAGAUAGGCAAAGGACGUUAUGCAUCGGUAUUUAGAGCUACACAGGUCUACGGCCAUAAUAAGAGCUACUUUAAUAAGAAUAAGGUUGUGGCAAUGAAGUGCAUGAUGAAAAAACCUCUCAAUUCACCCUUCUCAAUGAACCAAAUCCUGAAGCAUAGAGCUCGAUGGAAUCAAGCAUCCGAUGCCCUGCAUAGUUCUCAGAAUGGGGAGAUUGACAAGGACGAUAAAGUUGCACGUAGGGCAUCCACAUUGUCCUUAUCGUCUACGAGGGUCAUGGAUGGCGACCGGCUGAUUAUCGAGAUGAACUUAUUAAGGAUCCGGAGGGAAUGCUUAAUUCAAUCACAAUUGCCGCCACAUCCAAAUAUCAACGCCGUGUUCGAAAUGCUGGACUCGCCGAAAUCUGACCGGGUCUGGAUGGUCCAAGAAUUUUGCUCUCUAGGCGAGUUGCAGUGGGAAAGGCCGUCGAAAGUUCAUAUUCCCGAACAAUGGUGUGAGUUCAUGAAGUCUAAAAGUAUUACAAGAUAUGACUUUGCUUUUAAGCUCUUACGUGAUAUAAGCCUAGGCCUGGCCUUUUUACAGGAGCAUGGCGUCAUUCACAGAGAUAUCAAACCUUCGAACAUCCUAUUAGACGGAGUUCGCAGCGUAGCGAAAAUAUCGGACUUCGGCUGCGCAAUGGUAAAACCGUCUAGCCUUCCCUGGUGGCAGCAAGAUCGUGAGAAAGAACUGUGGGAAAAGGCUUUUAGGGAUGAAUUGACGAAGAUCGUCGGAACCCCGGCUUUCAUUCCCCCGGAAAUGUGCGAUUUCAACGCAGACUCGUCCUCUCCGGCUACCGCAAAGCCAGUUUCCCAUCGCAUCAACAAUCAGCUAACCUCAGACACAGAAAAUGGCUUCAAAAUCGACAUAUGGGCGCUGGGCGUUACUAUGUACUGCGUACUAGAAAACAAGCUGCCAUUUGUAGGCGAAAACGAAUUCGGGACUUACCAUAUGGUCGUCUAUGAAGACCCCUACAUAGACCAGGCUGAUUUACAGUCCCAAAAUCAAGAUACACGGUGGCUAUAUCAUUUCGUCGUAAAAUCCCUCCUCUGCAAGGAGCUCUCCAAGAGGCCUUUUGCACACUUGAUCAUCACUAAAUUGCAGCACCACGACAAAGAACGCCAAUCAAGGAUUGGAAAAGUAAAGCGCAUGUUCUUUACAUGGAAGCGCAGGCUGACCAAGGCACCACCGGCCAAGAAUCCCAAAACCACCCCUUCUGACCUCAUAGUUGGAACAAUUUUUUCCAAUACGUCCUCUUUCUCUCAGAUUUCAAGCAUCCCUACUAUAGACUCUAAAUAG